AUGGUAGAUGCUGGCUAUUUUAAAGGUGCGAAAGAAGGUAAAGCCAAUUGUAAUAAAACAAUGACUCAAACUUAUGAGUUAGCAGAAGAGUGCUUGCAAACAGACUAUUAUGGGGCUAAAAGAACAGCUGAAGCACUUAUUCCUCUCCUCCAGUUAUCUAAUUCGCCAAGAAUUGUUAAUAUUUCAUCUUCCAUGGGAAAGAUAAGCUUAAUACCAAUUGAUUGGGCGAAAGAAGUUUUCAGUGAUGCCAAGAGCCUAACAGAAGAAAGAAUAGACGAGGUAUUGGAGAGUUCCGGAAAGACUUUAAGGAGGGCUCACUUGAAAGCAAAGGAUGGCCUUGUCUUCACUCUGCCUAUACAGUUUCAAAAGCGACAAUGA